AUAUAGUCACGUUACCAGUUUGAUUGUGUUCUUUCCAAAGUUAGUCUUAUUUUCUGCGUAAUUUUAGUUUAUUUUCGGAUUUUCAACACAAUAUGAACCUGCCGUUGAGUCGACACACGAUCGUCAUUUUCUUUUGGCUAUGUAUAUCGAACAUUUUGAUAAAUCUCAUCCACCCGUACGAGAUAAAAUGCAGUCAUGGUCAUGACAAUCAAAGUCUUACCUGUGUUUUCAACUACUUAGACGAUAAUAAGACGCUAUUAUCGGCUAUGCCAUCGGAUUUUCGCCCUUAUACAAAAUACAUCACUCAAUUAACACUUGGAAUUGCCAAUUUAACGACGCUACCGAGCGACACAUUCAAUUUGUUGCCAAAUUUGCGAUCGUUGUCAGUGCGUUCUGAUGUGCAAACGCUGACCCGUCGCCAAUUAAGAAAUGCAACAAAAUUGACGUACCUAAAUCUCGGCUACAAUAAUCGAAUCGCCAAAUUGGAGCGACGUCUCUUCAAAUAUGCUCCAUUAUUGGAAUACAUUGAAUUGGGUUUCAAUCUAAUCACAGAAAUCGAAGACAAGGCCUUCGGUGGUUUGACGAAUUUAAAAAUCUUAAAUCUACAGGCAAAUUCAAUACCGCAAAUUCGCAAUAAAACGUUAAAAGGCACGAAAAAUCUGCUGAAAUUGGACUUAUCUCGAAAUGGCAUCGGUGCAAUUGAAGUCGGUGCAUUAGUUCAUAUGUCCAAAUUGCAAAUGCUGCAAUUGAAUCAAAAUCAAAUUGCACGUUUGCAAACGGGUAUUUUCAGUGGAUUUCGAGCGAUCGAACGCAUUGAUUUGUCGGUGAAUAUAAUAAGCGUGAUCGACGAUGGAGUUUUUAAUAAAUUAACAACGCUAAAAACUUUGGAACUUGGAUUCAAUCAAUUGGUAACGUUGCCCAACGGGGUUUUCGAUGGCCUUCGAAAUUUGAAGUCAUUGUUUUUGGCUCGAAAUCAAAUUCAAGAACUUCCACUUGAUUUGGGUAAUUUAACAAAAUUAACCGAUCUGGAUGCGUCGUAUAAUCCAAUCGGACAAAUUAAUCCGGAUGUUUUUAGCGAAUUGACCAAUUUGGAAAGCCUUGAAAUUCGCGGCUGUGGCCUAUCUGAAUUGGAUCCAAAUACAUUUAUCAAUCAAAAAAUGCUACUAUCACUUGAUCUCUCUGAAAAUAAUUUGACCACCAUCGAUUGGAAUACAUUCGAACCGUUGGAACAAUUGAAAUUCUUGAAACUCGAAGCGAAUCACAUUGCUGAAAUGGAAAAUUACACUGAUUUCAAAUCAUUUUUACCGAAUUUAGAGUUUAUCAAUUUGUCACGAAAUGAAAUUGACUGUGAUACGGUCAUGGAAAUUAUGGAUUAUUUGAGAAAUAAUACCGUUGAAUUUGAUUUUGGCGAAGAGGUCGAUGUUGGUUGCCGAUUGUUGCCGGUGAGGAGCCGGAAUAUUCAAGCAUUCAAAUUGUCCAAUGCUCAAUUUAACGACGAAAGUCUACGAUUGAUCAACUUUUCUCAAUAAUAAAGUUUUAGUUUAAGAUUAA